UGCCGCUGAGGGCGAGGGCGGGCGGGCUGGGAGGGUGGACAGGUGGCCCCGGGCACGGCCUGGGCUCGAGACCCGGCCCUCCGCGCAGCGAGGCCCACGACAGGGUAGCCGCCGCCGCCGGCAGGGUCGCAGGGAAGGCUCCCGGGGGAUGUAGGGCUCCUCGCGGGGCUGGGCGAGUCGGACCGAGCCGCAGCGCUGCCUCCUCCGGCGUCACGCCCUUCCCUCUGCCACCAUGCUUCUCCUGGGCAGCAGCGUGAGCCGCCGCCUGAGGCUGAGAAUGUGGGUGCUGGGGACGCCGCAGCUGACGCGUCUGUCCUUCCGCACGGCUGCUCGGGGCAGCAGCUGCCCGCGCCCGGCGAACACUGUGUUUGACUGCAGGGAAACCCUGGCCCGCGCCCCUUCCUUCACCGGUUUCGCUCCCUUCUCUUUGCUCACCACCAAGUGCACUCAAUAACACGCACUGACGGCCCGUAGCAGUAGUGGAAUCUGAAAUAACUAAGCAUCAAGUAGGCGCUGCGGCCAUGGGUCUGGCUGGGUAAGAUCCGAUCGGAUAUUUCAGUUUCAUUCACCUGCCCUGUUUCGGUGGUUGGUUUGUUUUUUGGUUUUUGUUUUUGUUUUUUUUUUCCUUCUUCUUUUCCUCUUGUAUUUGGAAAACAAGGAUCACACUUCCCCUUCCGGUUCCUUUCCUUACUCCCUUUUCUAACACGGGGGGAAACCCGGAUGGAUUUUAGGAUUGGACUGGCGUCAGCGGUGUUUUAUUGCGCACCUACAUCCUGAUCACAGGUUUUCAUUUCCCCUCAAAGCCUUGGUUUUGGCAGUUAAGCCAAAUGUGUUUCCCAGAAAGUUAGUUCACGUAUUUUCUCCUUUCUUUCCUCUUCUUUUUCCCCAUCUGACCCCACACAUGGCUGUCCAGACCUGAGGGGACAGCAGCUUUAGUUCUGACCCUGCAGUGUGGCAGUCCGCUAAUAUUGCCAGAGGGUGCAGCUUCGGGGUACCGGGAUUUUAGCCAUUCAGUCAUCUUAGCAGGGAGAAAAAUGACUUGUUUCUGUUGUACUUGAGUCUUAAGAAAAAGUGCCCCUAGUUUAGUGACAAUUUCAAAGGCUUUAGUACCACCUGUAUUUCAAAAUGGGGGACCCAAACUCCCGGAAGAAACACGCUCUGAACAGACUACGUGCUCAGCUUAGAAAGAAAAAGGAAUCUCUAGCUGACCAGUUUGACUUCAAGAUGUAUAUUGCCUUUGUAUUCAAGGAGAAGAAGAAAAAAUCCGCACUUUUUGAAGUGUCUGAGGUUAUACCAGUCAUGACAAAUAAUUAUGAAGAAAAUAUCCUGAAGGGUGUGCGAGACUCCAGCUACUCCCUGGAGAGUUCCAUAGAGCUCCUGCAGAAGGACGUGGUGCAGCUCCACGCCCCCCGGUACCAGUCCAUGCGCAGGGAUGUAAUUGGCUGUACUCAGGAGAUGGAUUUCAUUCUUUGGCCUCGGAAUGAUAUUGAGAAAAUUGUCUGUCUCCUGUUUUCUAGGUGGAAGGAAUCUGAUGAACCUUUUAGGCCGUUCAGGCCUGCACUGCAUCUCACCCCGGAAGGGUGCUGUGCCGUGUUAGGGCCCCGCCUCACGGUGAGGGAGCGGCAGAAGAUGGGCGCAGGGAUCUGGAGGCCCCGGUUGGCCAAAUUCGAGUUUCAUCACGGUGACUAUGAGAAACAGUUUCUGCAUGUACUGAGCCGCAAGGACAAGACUGGAAUCGUUGUCAACAACCCUGAGCAGUCAGUGUUUCUCUUCAUUGACAGACAGCACCUGCAGACUCCAAAAAACAAAGCUACAAUCUUCAAGUUAUGCAGCAUCUGCCUGUACCUGCCGCAGGAGCAGCUCACCCACUGGGCGGCCGGCACCGUCGAGGAUCACCUCCGUCCUUACAUGCCGGAGUAGAGUCCCCCCAGCAGACGGAGAAGACCCGGAGAGCACAGCAGCAGCGUUUGUUUUCUCACCACUUUAUUCUUUCAGAGUUAAAGCACACGGACUCAUGCGCAGAACACGAUGCAUUUUGAAACUUGUUCAUCCUGGAUUGUUUUAAUCAUUUGUAUCUCAGAACUUAAAAAAAUUCGGUGUCUCCUGCAUGGACUGGGAGAAGGUGCUUUGCGUACUUGCUGCACUGCAUCAGCAUCUUGCCGAGUGAGGCGGAGGACUGUUGUUCACUGACAUGCCUAGGUGUACCCGCGAGCACAGGCGGCGCCGGUUCUGACGGUCUCCCCAUUUGUGCUGGGCUUUGCCUGUUUGACAUUUGUCAUCAGUGUUUUGAGGGUGAGAAGUGAAUGUAACAGGUACAGAUAACAUUUUUAAAAACUUAAUAGCUUUGCUAUAAUCACCGUUGUUCCAGAGCACUGUCAGAGUCAUUCUAAUGACCAGAAGUGGUUGUUUAAAAAGAGAAAAUACAACCAUGGGAAAGAAAUCGUAAAUGAAAUACGCAUCUCAUGGAAGGCAUUCUUGCCUCAUCUUGCCGGGCCAUGUUUGUUUCCUGGUAUUCAUAAGUACGUGUGUUUUUUUCUAGAUCUCCUUCCCCAAGUUGCUGUUCUAGGAGGGUACUCUGCCGAGCGUGGGCGAUAGCACGCGAGAGCAGCCCUGGAGUCUGAAGCACUAAAGCAGCUGUCAAACAAGCACGCUCACGGCUGCAGAGACAGGAUAGGGAGACGACUUUGCUUUU